UUUUUAAAUUUUCCCCAAUUUCUUCUCCGUUCUUUGCUUACACUAAACCCUAAAAAAACAGAUAGAAUUUCGAAAUCCAAAACGAAGAAUCGAAAGGAAACCGAAGCAGAUUCAGAGAAGAACAAACAAAUUAACCAACACCACCCCCCCCCAAAAAAAAACCCCAAUUUUUUUUGUUUAUAGGUGUUAGAAGGAGAAUUGGAUUGAAGAAAGUGCAGUAGUAGCUGUAGUAAUGGUGGCAACGACGAAAACGACAUGAGUAGGUUGUCGUUCAGGCCUCGUCCUCUCGACAUUCACAAGAAGCUUCCUAUCGUCAAGAGUGUCAAGGACUUCGAAGAUGACGAUGUCCCCACUACGGCCAACGCCGCCACCACUGCUUCUUCCACUCGCAAUUCCCACUUGCUUCGUCUCUCUUCCGAUGCAGCUGAACCCGAGGUACAUCAAGCCCCUACCAAGAAAGUGGCUGCAGAGAUACCUACUCCUCAGUAUGUAGUUGUGGAUACAUAUGAAAGAGACUAUUCCCGCACUUUCAGUCAACCAACAUCUUACUUACGUGGAAGGGGAGCUCGGGCUGAGCUUGGAGAAUUUGUUGAGUAUGACUUGGACAAUGAGGAUGACGAUUGGCUUCAAGACUUCAACAAUGAAAGGAAGAGUCUUGCACCUGAAAAGUUAGAGUUUCUUAUUUUUAAGUUGGAGGUAUUGGACCAUAAGGCUCGAGAAAGAGCAGGAGUUAUUACACCUACUCUCGGUUCACCAAUUCCUGUUCUUCUGCAACUGGAUGCCGCUAUUGAGGCUUUACAAGUUCACUCCAUCAGAUAUGCUGUUAUCCAGUCUGUUUAUAACUAUUGGAAAGAGAAGCGUGAAAGAUGGCAAAAGCCUAUUUUACGGCGUUUGCAGCCUCCUCCACCUGUUAAUGAUACCAAUCCCUACAAUGUCUUUAGGCCAAGGGAGAAAACCCACAGACUUCACACAAGAAGGAUGCAAAGGAGGGAAAACAAUGUACAAUCAUUUGAAAAGCUUCGUCAGGUCAGGCGGAACCUUGACCAAGCCAAGACCAUUCUAGAGGCUCUAAUUAAGAGAGAGGAGAAAAAGAGAGAAAUAAUGGAGACUGAAGUUAGCCUUCAAAGGAUCCAAAUGAAGUAUAAGCAUGAAACAGAGCUCCUGGAAGAUAGCUUGGUGCUUCCUGGAUUUCCACCCUUCUCUUGCAAGUUUGGUUCUAGCGAAGAAGAAUAUGUGGAUUCAGAUGACCUUGCAAACAGCCGUCCCCGUACACGGCCUCCUUCAAUACAGAAUCCUCCUUUCACAGACUCCAAUUUGGUUACAGUUCCCUCAGGAAGCAUGAAACAAGAGUUUAGGCGGCGACAUGUACCACAAGGAUGGCUUCAUAAAAUGGAUCCUCUUGAACCAAUCUUAUUGUUCACCAAACCUCUAGUUCCAGAGAAGCUGGCAGCUGCAGGCAUUGUACCGCCAUCUGAUUCAUCAACAAGAAAUAAUGUAUCUGCACCACCUUGUAAAUUUCGUGGACGAAUUGGCCGAGGAGGCCGAAUCAUAUUUGAUAGAUGGAAUCCAUUGUUGCAAACUCCGAUUGACUGUGGUAACUCUUUUUAUAUACCACCAAAACCCCGGUCUUCAACGUAUAAUUGAUGUAUUCACUUUGCAUUGCCCCCCAUUCUCUAACCAGGACAGCUGCCCACUGAAAACAGACCCAAUUCAUUUUUGUUUGAUUAUACGGUGGGAUCUGGGAUCUCAGGGAAUUGUAGGCUGAGUAACAUUAUGUUAGGCAUAGAGGUUGUUUGAUGCUGGGGCAGGGAGCCGGGUGUAUUGUAUAUUUUCAUUUUCAUCUGUUGAUGUUUGUUUAAAUUGUAUUUCUCUGCCUUGUCCU